AUGGGGAAUGUACUCUCGAAGAAUGUUCCGCUCCGAGAAAGUCUGGUGAGGCUUGAGGAAGAUAUAAGCAAGAAGGAAAGAAAGGCAAAGAAUCUUUCGGCCUCCCUGGACAGUGUUCGAGCGAAGUCGUUGGCUGGAUCACUUGUGGUGAUUGUCCUUUCGAUGAUAUACUCGUAUACGGACGAACAAAGCAUAAUUCUGUUUGGGGCUGGGAGUGCUUUUGUAUGCUACAUUGCAAGAUGCCUUCUAGUCUGGGUGUAUGAGAUGAGGAUCCGAAGGCUGAACACUACUCUCGAAGCUUUGAAAGAGAAGCAGAAGGAGCAGAUUGCACUCCUGAAGAAAGAGGAGUCUUUUGAGGCCACGAAGAAGGUUAUUGACAAGUACGAAAGCGAGUCGAUGAGAAGACACUACUUCGGUAAUAUCAAGCAAAGAAGGAGAGGGAUGAUGGACAGUGUGACAGACAUUGUCCUGGGGGACGAUCCUGGAACGAUGUAUGCACUGAUAUGCAAGAGGUGCAACCAUCACAAUGGGCUGGUUCAUCCGAGUGAGUACGACCUCAAUGAAUUCUACUGCUAUAACUGCAACGAGCUAAACACAAGACUAAAGAAUAAGAGCAACAAUAAAUAA